UUGAAACCUCAAAACUACAAACAAUCCAGUUCCAGGCGCUGAGUUCUACCCAUCGCAGAAAACCACCACGCAUGCUCCCCCUCAGUAGAUACACUGAACAUCCGACCGUGGCGAACCCCUGUAGUCUUGUGUAUGAGCGGAUGGAGAUGCGCAACAUUGAAAUUCGGUCAACUACAUUUGCCUUUCAAACCUGGUCUAGAAUGGACCAGUCAGUUAUCUAGUCUACAUUUCCCCUACGUCUUUUUUCCAUCCUAAUCCUUUACACCCAGGUGUUUAUUUCAAACCAUCCUCGCCGAGGUAUUGUCUGUAAACUGUAGAUCAACAUCAGCAGAAUGGCAGAAGCGGAAUUGCAAACCUUCACGUCGAUUAUGGACGCGCUGGUCCGCAUCAGUUCUAACAUGAAGAGUAUGGAGCGUGAGCUGCGCUGCCCGGUGUGUGAUGAGAUGGUGAAGCAGCCCAUCAUCCUGCCGUGCCAGCACAGUGUGUGUCUGCUGUGUGCCGCGGAGGUGCUGGUCCAGAGAGGCUACCCUCCCCCCGACCUGCCCCCAGAGCCCAACUCCCCAGCCUCCACCCCCAACACACGCUCCCCCCGCCAGACACGCAGACCUGCGCCCAGGACCCCCGACCGCCUGGAGCGCGUCCUCCGAGCAGGGUGUGGGACGUACCCUGGGCGACGCCGUAAGGACCCGGCCACCCCCCCCAUGCGGUUCCCCUGUCCGUCCUGUCGCAGAGACGUGGAGCUGGGGGAGCGAGGACUGACCGACUGCCUCCGCAACCUCACCCUGGAGCGCAUCGUGGAGAGGUACAGGCACACAGUGAGUCUGGGCAGUGUGGCCAUCAUGUGCGGCUUCUGCAAACCUCCCCAGCCUCUGGAAGCCACCAAGGGCUGUGCCGACUGCAGGUCCAACUUCUGCAACGAGUGUUUCAAGCUGUUCCACCCCUGGGGAACGCCCCGGGCCCAGCAUGAGCACAUCCUGCCCACCAACAACUUCAGGCCCAAGGUCCUCACCUGUCCUGACCAUGAGCAGGAGCGCUUGCUGUGGUACUGUCGCUCCUGCCAGAAGCUGCUGUGCCAACUCUGCAAGCUCCGUCGUUCCCACCACGGCCACAAGAUGGCGCCCAUAGCACAGGCCUCCCAGGCGCUCAAGGAGAAGAUCAUCAAGGAGCUCAACUACAUUCUGACCAAUCAGGAGACAGUCCAGUCUCAGAUCAGCCAGUUGGAGAGCGGCAUCACACAGAUGGAGCUCAACAGUGCUGUAGCACGGGAGCAGCUGUCCCAGUCUCUGAGGGAGUUGGGCUCUGCUGUGUCUGAGCGGCAGGGGGCCCUGGCUCUGGCCCUGGAGGCGUCCAGGCUGAGGAAGGCCGAGGUCCUGGCCGCCCAGGUGACGGAGAAGAGGGGCCUGCUGGAACACGCUGGCCUGAUGGCCUACACUCAGGAGCUGCUCAAGGAGACCGACCAGCCCUGCUUCGUCCAGGCCGCUCGCGUUACCCACCACAGACUAGGGAAGGCUAUAGAGCACUUGCAGUGUUUCUCUCUCUCUGCCGACCCCUCCUUCAGACACUUCCAUCUGGACGCCACCAAAGAGCUCAAGCUCAUCACCGGCCUGGCGUACAUACAGGCCCCAUUGGCUCCUGUGAUUGACACUCAGAAGACUCUGGCCUAUGACCAGCUCUACCUCUGCUGGCGCCUGCCCCAGGACUCCGCCCCCGCCUGGCACUUCUCUGUGAGUUCCAGAGGCAAAUGGGAUUGGCCGGGGCGGCCUGGGGGUCGGGGGAUCAGGCCGUCGAACACACCAGUGCCGUGGCAGCGUCUGGAUGAGGUGGGCGGGACCAGUGCUGUGAUUGACAGGCUGGAGAUGGACUGCGUGUAUGUGCUGCGGGUGAGAGGCUACAAGGCGGGGUUUGGAGACUACAGUGAGGAGGUUUACCUCCACACCUCCCCUCUCCCAGUGUUGAGUUUUGCUCUGGACUCCCGCUGGGGCCUGCAUGCUGACAGGUUGGCGCUGGGUAAAGGACAGACGUACGCCCGCAGUGUUCCUGGGCUGUCCCUCUUACAGGCGGCUGACCGCGCCCUCACUUCCUGUCACCUGACCUCUGACCUGCUUGUGGCCGACAGGGCGGUCUCCCAGGGCAGACACUACUGGGCAUGCUCAGUGGAGCCAGGCUCCUACCUGGUGAAGGUGGGGGUGGGUCAGGAAGCUAAGCUGCAGGAAUGGUUCCAUCUCCCCCAGGAUAUGGCCAGCCCCAGGUACGACCCAGACAGCGGUCAUGACAGUGGGGCGGAGGACGCCCAGGACUCCUCCCCCCCCUUCUGCUUCAUCACCAUGGGGAUGGGGAAAAUCCUCCUGCCCCAUGGAGUGGCCAACUCCCACCACAAUAACCACGGCAACCCUCCCAGCCCCCCCACCACCCCGCUGCCCCCCAGACUAGGAGUGUGUCUGGACUUUGAGAAAGGGCGGGUCACGUUCUACGACGCCCACUCCCUGCGCAUCCUGUGGGAGGGGCAUGUCGACUGCUCCGCCCCUGUGUGUCCGGCCUUCUGUUUCAUUGGUGGAGGAGCUUUGCAACUCCAGGAUCUUGUGGCCAAUCGUAGCAUAGAGGAGCCAGCACCCAGAAGGGUCACAAUCCAAUCACGUGCGACCAGUCUCGGGAACUGAAAAGACAGUCCAUAGUUAAAGGUAUAAUCCGCCCAGAAUAUCCAGGGGUUCUGAUGUUUGCAGACCUUAGAACUGGUCCACCAUCUGCAUGCAUCGCUCCCAUGACAACCAGAGACUCCAGAGAACCAGAGACUCCAGAGAACCAGAGACUUCAGAGAAC